CUCAAGAUGACUAUCCAUUCUUCGAUAACUUUCCCGCUGGGGCUGCUGAUGUUGGUCCGAUUGGCUUUCCUGGUCCCGAGCAGGACAUCGAAUUCCACACGAGUUUCGCGGGCAUGCCUCCCGUCGAUCAAAACGCCCCUUUCGGCCAGGGGUUUGACCCGACGACUCUCCCAGACAACGGACAGACCAACAACUUCGGCAAUGUUUCUGACUUUGGAAGCAUAAAUACCUACGCUGCUUCUCCUUUCUUCGUGGAAACUGCCCCUGGUUAUCAGGAUCUGAUCAAUAUGUUUACCGACAAUGAAGGCUUGCACUGGGACCUUUUGGAGACACGUCCCAAUGACGAUGGCGUUCUCAUGGCGACAUACGGCACACCCAACGGGAUUGGAGGCUACUGGACUCAGCAAUUGGAG